CCGUGGGUUGCGUGCUCGACGCCACCACUCCCACUAACCCAUCCGCCAGAUAUAUUACUCGACCCGUAACCUUCUCAAAUUCUCUCUUGUCCCUCCCGUCCCUCAUCCGCACAACAAAGAGCCUCAAUUCAAGCUAUCUUUAGCCUAUCUUACCGCUUUCGGACAAGCCUUAGUCAUCAUGCGUUGCUCUCUCACUCUGGCCGCCGCGGCCGCCAGCCUUGUCAGCCUGGUCGAGGGCCACGGCUACGUCACUGGAACCAAGGUUAACGGCGUUUGGACGGAGGCUCAAAAUCCUAACUGGUUCUAUGUCUCGACUUCACCAGCUACGGCUGGCUGGAAGGCGCUGAACCAGGACAAUGGUUUCGUCGAGCCUGCCUCCUUCGGAUCCGCGGACAUCAACUGCCACAAGUCGGCCAAGACCAACACCAAGUUCGUCAGCGCCAACGCCGGCGACACCGUCACUGUCUACUGGAACACUUGGCCCGACUCGCACAAGGGCCCCAUCAACAACUACCUGGCCCCUGUCUCUAGCUUCGCUUCUGCCACUCCAGGUUCCCUUAGCUGGACCAAGAUCUCCCAGACCGGCUACAUCUCCGGCAGCAACCCCGGCAACUGGGCCACCGACACCCUGAUCGCCAGCAACUUCAGCAGCACCGUCAAGAUCCCCGCCAAGCUCAAGGCCGGCAACUACGUGCUCCGCCACGAGAUCAUCGCCCUCCACGCCGCCGGCAGCGACAACGGCGCCCAGGCCUACCCCCAGUGCGUCAACAUCGUCGUCGGCGGCUCCGGCUCCGUCUCCCUCCCUGGCGGCACCCCCGGCACCAGCCUGUACAAGCGCAACGACCCCGGUAUUCUCUUCAGCCUGUACGGCUCUUUCAACAGCUACCCUUACCCCGGCCCGGCUGUCUGGACUGGCGCCAACUAGGUUGGGCAUGGUUUCAGCUGAGACGAUCCUCUGAUGAGGUUACUUGAUGACAAUUGGUCCAGGAGUGGGCACAGAUUCAGUGGAGGGAUGAUCCGGAGAGGGUGUUACGACUUGAUGAGUGACGUAGCUGUGGAUGCUUGUCAGGCUGUCAGAUCCUGCUGCGCGGUUAGAUUCUUGCGUAUAUAUUCUUGCUAGAAAAAUGCAAAUGACGUAUCCCUUGCGGGUUCAUUGACCAUUA